AUAAUAUGUAAAUUACUUAAGAAAAAUCACAACAUGAGUAAGUAUAAAUAUAUUGGUUAGCAAGAAUCAGCAUUAGUACACUUCUAGCUUCAAUCAAAACUAAUAUAUACCAAUAGUAAUUUAAAAAAAGAAUUAUUAAAAAUAAAACAUGAAAACCUUCAUUGCAUUUACUGCUUUGGUAGCUGUAGCUGCAGCUCUGCCUCUUGAUGUCUUCGAAGAUGAAACUGGGCAAGAAUUCGUUUUGGUUCCAGUUCAAAGACAAAGAAGAGAUCUGACAUACGGACUUAACCAGGGUGGUUAUGGUUUAGGACAAAAAGGAACCGUUUUCAGUAACGACAAUCACCAAUUGGAUGGUUCCUACGGUGCAUCAAAAGCAUGGGGAUCCCACGGGCUUAAACCUGACACAUUCGGUGGACGUUUGGACUACACCAACAAACCAUCCGGCUCUACAGGUUUCGUGGGCGUUGACAGAACACCGGGAUAUGGAACUGAUGUCACUGCUGGAGCUAAAUAUAAUAUUGCUCAAGGGAAAAAUUGGGGAGCUGAUGUUACUGGACAGUAUGGAAGGCAUUUUGGAGGACCCGGUGGUACUGGAAAGCCUGAAGCUGGUGUUUUCUUGAACGUGGAAGGAAAAUUCUAAAAUAGACUGACCUUUUUUUAUAAAUUUUCGUGCUGCUUUAUUAUUUGUAUACUAAAAUAUUGUGUUUUUAAUAAAUAUUUUUUAUAAAA